UCUUCUUCCGUCUACAUCUCUGCUCCCUUCACUUGUUCUUCUUACGCUCUUUGCUUCAUUCGAGUCGUCUGCUUAGGGAAAGUAAAGAGGAGAUUGGAGUUAGGGAUUAAUGGCUGGAGGAGGAGUGGGACCGGGUAUAGAUGGCAAAAGAGCGGAGUUCUAUGAAGGGGGAGUCACCGUCUUCUUUAUAUUGGCGGUCAUCGUGGGAUCUCUUGGAGGAUCUUUGUUUGGCUAUGAUCUUGGUGUCUCCAGUGGGGUGACUUCCAUGGAUGAUUUCUUAAAACAGUUCUUCCCCAAAACCUAUGAGAGAAAGCAUGCCCAUCUCCAUGAAACUGACUACUGCAAAUAUGACAACCAAAUACUCACCCUCUUCACAUCUUCUCUCUAUUUUGCCGGCCUCCUAUCCACCUUCGCAGCCUCGCCUGUGACAAGGAAAUAUGGAAGGAGGACCAGUAUCUUGACUGGUGCAGUCAGCUUCUUCCUUGGAGGCCUUAUCAAUGCUGCAGCUGUCAACAUUUUAAUGCUCAUAAUUGGUCGCAUCUUUCUCGGUAUCGGUAUAGGUUUUGGAAAUCAGGCUGUUCCACUCUACCUAGCAGAGAUAUCACCCCCAAAAAUCCGAGGGGCAGUGAAUCAGCUCUUUCAACUAACAACUUGCCUUGGUAUUCUUGUCGCCGACUUAAUCAACUAUUUCACUGAAAAAAUACACCCAUGGGGAUGGCGGCUAUCCCUCGGUCUCGCAGCUUUGCCGGCCACUCUCAUGUUCGUCGGCGGCCUCUUCCUCCCUGAGACCCCAAACAGCCUAGUCGAGCGAGGAAAAGUCGAGGAAGCAAGGAGGAUUCUCGAGAAGGUGAGAGGCACUAAGAAGGUGGACGCAGAGCUUGAGGACCUCAAGGAUGCCAGUGCCGCCUCUCGGGCAGUGAAGCACCCAUUCCGCAAUAUUCUCAAGCGCAAGAACCGGCCCCAGCUCAUCAUUGGCGCCUUGGGCAUUCCCGCCUUCCAGCAGCUCACCGGCCAGAAUUCUAUAUUGUUUUAUGCUCCAGUGAUCUUCCAGAGCCUGGGAUUUGGCACUGGUGCUGCACUCUAUUCCUCAAUUAUCACUGGCUCAAUGCUGGUCGUUGGGGCUAUUGUUUCCAUGCUUCUUGUUGAUAGGCUUGGCAGGCGUUUUCUCUUCAUGGAAGCCGGAAUUCAAAUGAUCAUCUCAAAUGUGAUUGUAGGUGUAACUCUGGCUUUAGAGUUUGGCCAUGGUGCAGUUCUAUCCAAAGGCAUAUCCAUUCUUCUCGUGGUCUCAAUCUGCGCAUUUGUAGCAGCUUUUGGGUGGUCAUGGGGGCCGCUCGGGUGGCUAGUGCCGACGGAGAUUUUCCCCUUGGAAACAAGAUCGGCGGGUCAGAGCAUCGUCGUCUGCGUUAACCUUUUCUGUACCGCACUUGUUGCUCAGUGCUUCCUCGCCGCACUUUGCCAUCUCCGAUUUGGGGUCUUCAUCCUCUUUGCUUGCUUGAUUGUGAUCAUGACUUUGUUCAUUUACUUCCUCUUACCGGAGACGAAGCAAGUGCCCAUUGAGGAAAUCUACCUGCUUUGGGAGCAGCACUGGUUCUGGAAGAAGAUAGUGGUUGAUGAUGCAUCAAAGGAGACUAAGCAGCAGCAACCACCGCCACAUUUGCAAUUAUAACCAAUUGGUCCAAUUCCAACCGUUGAUAUUGAAUUAGCAUUUUAUAUUGUACGUGAAAUACUACCUUCUCUUAUUUGGAACAGUAUAUUUUAUUAUUUGUGAAUGAAAUCUGUUAAUUAUGAAAUGCAUGAAAUAAGGAUUUCAGCUUUAGUGAAUUAAGAAUGAAGAUACUGCCCAA